UAAAGUGUAAAAACAAAAUUACAUAUUUUUAGCAAUUGUUCAGGAUUGUACCACCCUCUUCUAUACAUGUACUGUCGCUCGGACUUAGUUUCGAAGAUACAUAUUCACGAAAAACUGUCGGUACCACUACAAGGAAUUCUGCCUGUAAUCAUUAUGAGCCCAUUACCAAUUCGGUACAUACACUGCCAUGAACGCACAAUUAAUACCGGUGUAGUUUCUUCGCACAUAUCUCGGAAACUAAGGUCGAGCGGCUGUUAUAUGUAUAAAAUGUAGUUGCUCAGGAUCAUGCUCCUGGUAAUAUAUUCAAAAAUCAUUGAAAUUGAUGAGGUUGGUAUGAUUCCGAACAAUUACCGUAUUUUUCUAUGAAGAAGGAAAUAAUACGAAGUAUUAUCCAAACCAUAUGACUAUACAAAUUAAGAACAAAUACUAAUUGUAUAAAUAUCACAGGUAUAAUUGUUGAACGAUAUUAAUGACUGCAUAAAAGUGAUAACGCGCGCGCGCGCGCGCGUGUGUGUAUAUGCUUUAUCUAGAUUAAAUGAGACAGAUAGUACAGUAAAUAAUUUUCAGAAAUAUGAAAAAAAAGCUCAUUUUUAUAGUACUUUGUGUUAGUACGAUACUUAUCUCAUUAUUGAUUAUAUUAAAAACAGAUACUGUAAAUAAUAUAAAAUCAGAAUUAAAGUAUUCACAGAAUGCAAGUUACACAAAUAAAAAUUCCGCAAUUAUAAAAUUUAUCAUUGAACCAAAGUGUGAUCCUAACUUCAUUGUUUGGAUUAUUACGUCCUCUGCAGAUGAUCCUUUAUACAGAACAGCAUUGAGACGUGCAUAUCCAAGUGUAAUGUUAAAAACUUUGAAUGUCACUAGGAUAUUUUUAUUAGGAAUGCCUAAAGAAAAAAAUAUAUUGAAAUACAUUUUAAAAGAAUCACAGAAGUAUAAUGAUUUGUUGCAAGGAGAUUUCUUAGAAAAUUAUAAAAAUCUCACGUUAAAACACUUGAUGGGUUUAAGAUGGGCAUCAAGUAAUUGUAGGUCUACUUUCCUAAUAAAAACUGACAAUGAUAUUGUACUAAAUAUUUUCGAAAUGCUAGAACUUUUACAAAAAAAGGCAAUAAAGGAAAACGCUAUAUCUGGAUAUGUUUUAAGGAAAAUGAAACCAAUACGAACAUCAAAUAAUAAAUGGUUUGUUACUGAUGAAGAUUUUUCAGAUGAUGUUUAUCCUGAUUUUCUCUCAGGAUGGUUUUAUAUAACAAACUUAAAAGUUGCACAAUUAUUAGUUCGUGCAAGUGAAAAGUUUAAGAACUUUUUCUGGAUUGAUGAUGUAUUUAUCACUGGAAUUUUAAGGGAAGAAUGUGGUAUUAAAAUUGAAGAGCUAAAUAGUUUAUAUGCAAGCGAUUAUAGGUAUUUGGAAUGUUGUAUACGAGGUAAAAGACGGAAGCUAAAAUGUGAGUUUAUUGCAGGGCCUGAUGGAGGCAAAAAAGAGUUACAUAUUAAAUUUAAAGAAUUUUCUGAAUAUUGCCAAUCGAGCUGUUCUGAAAGAAUGAAAGAACAAUUAGUAUCGAAAACUUGUGUAGCUGCUUAUGAAGAAAAAGUAAAUAUUAUAAAUCCCAAGGUUCAGAUUCAUUAUAUAUAAAGUUUCGGAACAAGUUUGCUGCCAAAGAAGUUUGCAAAAUUACUACUUUUAUUAUUAAUUACUACUUUUGUUAUUAUAAACAUAUUUAUAAUAUUUCUUGUUUCUCAAAUGAAAAUAAAUGUUUUCUAA